UAACAUUUUCGACCAAGUUGUUUGCCUCACAUUAUUCAAAAUUCCAAAUGAAAUUUUAAAUCAGUUCUUUUAUUUUAUUCGACGGCUCUAAAUUAUCACCAUGCUUAGGAAACUGGUCCUAGGCUCACCCAGGCCAUUAGGGACGAUCCAUGUGCCGAAUGCAAAGCUGCACGGCACAAGUCACUUGGCCAAGAAAAAAGACAAUAGCCGAUCAAGUGACUCCGAGACGCCUAGGGAAGAUAAUUGCGAAAAGCUUCAAGAGCCGAUAUGUUGCCCCAAGAUGCAUCCCUGUAGCGAUGAGACCUGUCAAUCGGAGACACGCGAUCCCAUCAGAGUGAGCCGGAAGUCGUUUUACGAGGCGACCGAUCGGAUUGCCCAGAACAACAGAAUAAAAAAUAAGACCGAUCAGUUCCAGUCCAUGUGGGAGGAUGCGGUCAAUCCCACCAAGGAGCAGCUAGCGCUGUGGACCUAUCCGCCCGCAUGCUGUCCAAAGUGUCCGAACACCCCGUUCGAUGUGCUCUACUACCGUCCGUCAAACAAGUGCCGUCAAUACCAGCGCACCUGGUGGGAAUGCUGUCCCAAAAUGGUGCCCAAGCGGGUCUGCUGCUGGUGCGAUGCUAUACCGCCCGAGAACCACAUCCGUAGUCCUCCCAGUUCUCCUUCGACCGGCGUGUGCUCCGCAGAUCACGAAAAGUCGCGCUUCGACUGCCUCAACAAAAAAGCCCUGGGCUGCCCGCGAGUGCAGCUACCCGGCUGCAGAGCAGCGCGCGUUCCUCCGACCUGCGACAUAGUGCGACGUCCGAAGGUCUGUGACAAGCCCAAGUGUCCCUAUCCCAGCUAUUCGGAGUGCAGGCAAUUGGAUCCGGCCGAGUUACCCGAACGUCCCGCAGAGUGCCGUUGCCUUAAACUGUUCUCAACGUGCGAAGCCCAUCGCGCUGAUAUCAGAAGAGAUGCGAUUCAGUCCAAAUUUUGCGAAUGCCCCACCUGCAAAUAGAACAAAUCCAUUUCAACUACAGUGCAUAAUUUAGAUGCAUAUGUAAGAGAUGCAAUAUAGUUAAAUGGACUUGCUCUAUUGGCAAGUCCAGAGGUGCUCACAUGUAUGAUCUAGAAUGUGUAUAUGAGUU